AUGGCAGGCCUGUGCUGUGCUGCGCACGCCGUUUGGGCCGUGCUAAGCAAGCCCGUCGAGUUGCACCCGCCCAAGCACAAGCAGGCCGAGUUCACGGCAAAGUUCGGGCUCACGUGGCCGCAGGCGCUGGCGCAGGGAGUCGUGUACAACGCGGCGGACGCGAUGGACGUGCUGGGCGUGCAGGAGGCGACGCUGAUGACGAUGUGGGACGCGGCUAAGUCGAACGACGAGUGCUUCAAGUUUGGAGGCGGGUUCUACUGCGCGCGGCUGGGCGCGCAGUCGCAGGGCGGCGGCGGGGCGAUCGUGCCGAACGCGGGCGACUUGCUGGCGGAGCUGCCCAAGUCGCUGUACGGCGGCUUCGACUCGCUGGCGCUCUCAAACGGGCAGGCGAGAUUCCCCGAGAUUGCGUGA